CGCUCUGAGGAUUUUUAUCUCACCAUCACAUCUCCUCCUUCGCAGAAUUACUUGAUGAUGCGGCUAUAUACUCACACACCUUGCGAAAUAUAAUAAGUAUUGGUGUAUGCUACUGCAUUAAGUGACGUGCAUAACUUAACUUGAUUUAUUCGGAUUUAAUGAAACAGGCGGCACAAUGAAUCCAACGGUCCAAUAUAACACGUCACGCGUUUAACAGCUUUAGAUCAUCAAAUUAGAUUGCUUGGAGGGGAUAUAGGGCUCAGGCGUCACUAAUACUACACAAUUGAGAUUAGUUGUAGCCUACAUACUCACCGAUCCCCCAACCCACGCAGCAGCUCUCUUUACAGGUUCGGAGCAUUGCCGGAACAUCCCCACACAAUCUACUCCGUAUAACCCUACCGGAUCCAUGCGCACUGCCCAGACUUGCCAAGAUCUGAGCUUCGUAGGGCGCCAACUCUAUGACUGUCCUUACCCCGCCCCAACGUUAGCAGACAGUGUUGAUGUUUCCACGGUGACUCUGGCCUCCUUUUGGGCUGCUGGUUCUCCGGACAACACAGCCUGCCAGCAGGAGUCGACACAGUGGGAACUCCUCUCCCGCUUGGACUGUGGGACCUCUCCACCUGACCCCAACUGGAAUGACCACCUGUCGCCACAUUUGCAGAGAAACAAGCAGCUUCAAGACACAUUGAUACAAAGAGAGGAGGAACUGGCAAGACUGCAAGAGGAAAUUAACAAUCUAAAAGAAUUCUUAAACUCCUCAUGUGUGAAAGCCUUGGAGGAAAAAACUAAGAGUCUUCUCUCUGCUCAGAGUGGCGAUGGGAGGAGGAACCGGAAGCGGAAUUCUGAAAUCCAGAAUCUGCAUGGUGUUGGAGAAUUCUGGAACCUCAGUGCCAGUCAGCUGCUCCUUGGUUCUCAGGUGAAACGGACCUGCCGGAACUUGGAGUUUUGUCCCGAAGAGGAGCUAGCCUGUACCGAUUCUGUGAACCUGUGGAUCUUGCAGACCUUGGGCCUGAAGGACGAGGACACCAUCGAUACAUCAUCCACUGAAUACAGCUUCAACUGCUCCAUUAGCUCCCUCACCAAAUGCAGCUCUGCCACAGACACCUCUGGUGACUACUGCCAAACAACCGAUCACAAAAAUACAGCUUAUGACUCAAAUACUGAUGGCCUGUGCAAUGGUGCCAGUAUAGGACUAUACAAUGAUUACUGCUUUAACACCAACAGUGACUACAGUCUCUCUACAGACUCAGGCUCUGACUUCACUGGAACUGUGCUGUCUGUCCUAUACAGCCCUAGCAUAGAAGUCCCCCCCCAAUUUCCACGUCACCCCUUACCACCUCACCCAACCAGUCUCAAGACAGGAGUCCCGGGCUGCACCACACUCCCAGCCUGCACUGCCGUAGCCUCCAAUCCCAUAGGGGGUGACGUGAUGAAUACCCCAUUGUCUACCCCACGUAGCCAGACAGAGCUGGCCUUCAGCGUGUCCCUAAACCCUUCCAGCAGCGUCAGACUCAAGACACACAGCUUUCCUCAGGGACAGGCCUUCGUCCGCAAGAACACCCAGGGAGGCUGGAACUUUACCUGGGUCCCCAAACAAGGCCCGUAAGCCUCAUUUCUACCCUACGUACGUACAAACACAAGCUCUACAAUUAGCUAUGCAAAAUGCAGACCCUAAGUAGUUGUAUAGCAAAAACAUGUUAACCCUACUUUGAGUGUCAAUGA